AUGGGCCGCCCGCAACCGCCGUUGCCGUCCAGCAGGAACCGCAACCGCAUUACCAACAAAAGUCGCCUCAAAAUCGUGCGCGGGGAUGUGGCAUUGGAACCAGUCAUACUUGAUGAGGACGAGGAGAAGAACCGUUUGCUGCAGAGCGUCGCAGGCGUUGACCAAGACGAUGCAAAUGAGCACCACUUGCAACAAGUCCUCUCUGCGGCAUCCUUUCGCUCUCAAGCAGUGCGAAGCGCAGAAGUUGACAAAUCUCAGAGCUCAUCGUCAGUGUUCAUCCCGACACCUGAUUCCACCGGUAUCGUCGACAACUAUGAAAGCUUAUAUCCCGCAAACCGAUGGUCUGAUCCUGUACCAUAUAUCUUCUCAUCCCUUACAGUGGAAGAAUGCAUCUCUGGUGCGCUCGCACACGGAGCUACGUACUAUAUGGAUGAGAAAGACGAGGAGUGGGUUAGCAAAAAUAACGAGGAAGCCCGCGGGGUGGGCACUAGCAGCCAAGCAGCGCUCAGCUCAGGUACACGAACUUCAGCGCGCAGUACCAAGGCGAAGGGAAAGGACUCUGACAACAAUUCUCCAAUUGAGAUAUCCGAGGAUCAGUUUGAGCUUGUGAUGGGUUUGUUCGAGCUGAUCACUCAUGAAGAAACGGAGUAUCUGCAUCAUAGUCUUAGCGGCGGCAUGCCUUUCCCGGAUUUCUCAAAUUACCAAGAUACUUUUGCGAAUGAACUUUCACCAGCUCAUUUUUCAGCGUUCAAAGUUCCUUCUUGGGUGCCACCGCCUUCCCAGUUACUGCGUAUCGCGCGAUUGGUCUAUCCUCAUUGGAAGGAGCGUCGCCUUGAUCGUGGAGGCCUCAGAAUUACGCCUACUCUCAAUUUUGAUGAACAGGAUACUUUGAACGAAUCGUAUGUCUGCUUCCGUCAGCGUGAAGUGAAAGCUGUCCGCAAGACGCGCGCUUCACAAGUUAACUCUUCCGACAAACUUGCUUCCCUGAGCAAGCAGCUGGCAGAUCCCUUGGAUAUAGCGAAUCGCGUUUUGGAACGAGAAAAACACAAGAUGGCCUCUAUUCAGCUGCAUAAGACGGUUUGGGAACGAAGACUUGCUCUGGUUGAGCUAAAGCGCAAGAACCCAACUCUGGGGGAUAGGACCGAUACGGAAUUGCUAGUCGAUAAGGAGAAGCCUGUCAAGAAGCCUGAUCCACGUCCACCUCGUGUUUCUACUACGAAACGGGAGUCAAUCGCGCCGUCUCCGAUUAUACGUGCCGAACCGGCUAUACGCCCAAGCAAGCGGUUAUGUAUUCUAUCCGAAGAAAUUGAAUCAGCUAUGCAAAGAGUGAGGACGAAUAAUGUCGCCCAAAACAUGGAAGACGUGAUUGAGAAUCCUCACUAUGCACCUCUGCCAUCUUACGCUUCGCGUCUGUUCAAGUUUAUGCCACCUUCAAAUGGGUCGUCUUCUACGCUGGUUGCAGCGACAGCAUCGGAUUCAGACUCAGAAGCAGGCCCAUCUACAAGCAGACAGUCGAUGCCUAUUCGUCUACGUACUGGUCGCGGUGGACGAAUGCAUAAGAAGAUAGAAGGAUGGAGGAACGGUGGCGUUUCGAUGCAGGACGACGAGCCUAUGGUGCCUGCAGGAGGAAGUGAUGAGCAAGAUCGUACCCUUGUCGAUGACUACGACAUCAAAUACCUACGCCACUCAAUGCGAAUCAUGGCUGAAGUUGAUCCGGCUGUCAUGAACGACCCAUCCAUCAUAGUUCAUAGGGAAGGUACGAGGGAGAUGGUCUUUCCAUUCCGACUCGGCAUUCCCGUGAACGUCGCUGUUCGUCCCCCAAUCCAGCCGCCGCGCCCUCCACCGAUUUCAGCUCCUAUUGCAAUACAGCAGGCACCUCAAGCUGCUGUCGCAAAUAACUCCAGGUUGUCCUCCACCAUCCAGUCUCAUGCCACCACUCCCACUCCCACGCCAACAACCGCCAACGGUGGCGGUCGUGCUGCCAUUACCAUGCCGCAUAUUGAUACCUCAAAGGGUGAUGUUCAAGAUGGGCGGACCGUCAACGGUCUGAGUUUACAGCAGCUUCAGCAGUUGAAGUCAGCAUUCGCGACGACCAGUCCCGAGAUGGCGAAGUACAUUCCUCCCGUCAUGAGACCACAAUGGACGAAUCUGGCAACCGCUGUACCUCAGAACGGUGACACUGCAGCCACAGACGUGCGAAAUGGUUCACGCACGCCUGUCCUGCCUGUCACGACUCAGAGCUAUUAG